AUGACAUUACUUCUGGGACCUCCAAGCUCUGGGAACACUACAUUGCUGAAGGCACUUACUGGAAAGUUGGAGGAAGAUCUUAGGACAUUAGAUAACAGGAAAAAUCACUUGCUGUGGGCUUGUGGCCUCGAAUUGAGGAAAUUCAUUCCUCAGAGAACUUGUGCUUACAUUAGCCAGCAUGAUCUUCAUCAUGGUGAAAUGACCAUUAGGGAAACAUUGGAUUUUUCGGGGCGUUGUUUUGGAGUUGGUGCAAGAUAUGAACUGCUUGCCGAAUUGUCAAGGAGAGAAAAAGGUGCCGGAAUUAAGACAGAUCCUGAGAUUGACGCAUUUAUGAAAGCCAUUGCAAUUGCUGGCCAAAAGACUAGUGUGAUAAUUGGACUGGAUAUUUGUGCUGAUACAAUGGUGGGAGAUGAAAUGAGAAGGGGUAUUUCUGGAGGACAGAAGAAGCGUGUAACGACUGGAGAAAUGUUGAUCAGCCCUGCAAAUGUUUUCUAUAUGGACGAAAUCUCAACUGAAGGACAAAUUGUCUAUCAAGGUCCUCAUGAGCAAGUUCUCGAUUUUUUUGGGAGCGUGGGAUUCAAAUGUCCCGAAAGGAAAGGAGUUGCAGAUUUUCUGCAAGAGAAACUUUCCAGUGAACUCAGAGGCCCCUGUGACAAGAGUGAAGCCCAUCCUGCCGCAUUGGUGAAGGAGAAGUAUGGUAUCUCGAACAAAGAUCAUUUCAAGGCUUGUUUGGCAAUGGAGUGGUUAUUGAUGAAACGCAACUCAUUUGUGUACAUUUUCAAGACUACACAAAUUACAAUUAUAGCUCUAUUUACUUUCACUGUGUUCUUCGGAACCCAGAUGAAGCGUGGAGAGAUAGAUGAUGGGGGAAUAUGGAUCAUUCUCACAUAUUACACAGUUGGAUUUGCUCCCGCUGCUAGCAGAUGGCCUUGGGUCUCUUCCGUUUCAUUGCAGCCCUUGGAAGAACACAAGUUGUUGCAAAUACUUAAGAACCUUCCCCGUUGUUGGUUUUUGUCCUUGGUGGAUUUAUCAUUGCCAAAGACAAAAUGCAAUCGUUCUAGUGGAGUUUCUUCACCAAAGAUGGUCCACAAAGGUGAAAGUAAGAAAAAUAAGCUGCCAUUCUCUAAUGGGAAGGUGGCCACAGAAAGGAGCUCAGCCUCUACAGGGAAUAACACUCCCGAACAAGAAAAUGUAGACAGUUCAGUUAGUGCAACUAAUAAACGAGGAAUGGUGCUUCCAUUCAUGCCCUUAUCACUUUCAUUCAAUCACGUAAAUUACUAUGUUCAUAUGCCAGCAGAAAUGAAACGCCAAGGAGUUGAGGAGACGAGGCUCCAAUUGUUGUGA